AUCAGGACUUCCGCUCCUAUGGAACUAGUGUGCUUGGAUUUCUGGAGUGCGGAGGAUAACAAGCAACGUUCAGUGGAUGUUCUCGUCCUGACAGAUCAUUUUACUAAGUUGGCCCACGCCUUUCCCUGCACCAACCAACAGGCGAAGCAGGUUGCUAAGAAGUUAUGGGAUAACGUCUUCUGUGUGUAUGGAUUUCCAGGACGAAUUCACACAGACCAGGGAACCAAUUUUGAGAGUGAUCUGGUUGCAGAACUGCUCAAACUGUCGGGAGUCUCCAAGUCACACACUACAGCGUAUCACCCCAUGGGGAACGGAGGAACUGAAAGAUUUAACAGGACUCUGGGAAGUAUGCUCCGUUCUCUGCCACUGAGGGAGAAAGCCAAGUGGCCCCAGCAGAUACAGACCCUGACGUUUGCAUACAAUGCCACGGUGCAUGAGACAACUGGGUAUGCGCCCUUCCACCUGAUGUUUGGUCGGGUUCCAAGGCUUCCCAUCGAUGUGAUGUUCAAACAGGUCCUGCACGACCCUGUGGUUGUUGACUACGGCAGCUAUGUGACAACACUUAUGUCCCACCUUCGCGAGGCAGCGGAUAUUGCCCAAAGACAUGCCAUCAAGGAGCAAGACAAGCAGGCCAGGGGUUACAAUCGAAGGGUCAAGGGGACUUGUUUGAAUGUGGGAGACAGGGUGCUUCUCGCCAACAAAGGCGAGAGGGGCAAGAAGAAACUCGCAGACAAGUGGGAACCGACAGUCUAUACUGUCGUGGGCUGCAAUCCACAGACUCAUAUCUACAAGCUGGAGGAUAGCGAUGGAAGGACAAGGGUGGUGCAUCGCAACCUUCUCCUGGAUAUCAGUUUCCUGCCUGUGACGUCUGCUGAAGGGGGUCCAUCAGAUACCGAGGAUGGUUUUGAUGAUUCCGAGGACGAGUCUCAAAUGGAAGAUACCGUCGACUCUUUGGAGGAGGAGGAUUCAGGAGAUAGGACGAGCGCAUGGGUCCUCAGUGGAGCAGAAGAUGUCAGUCACCAGUCUGAUUCAGAGGUAGAUGAGUCUGAUAGGAACACAGAGCCAGACCAGUCAGUUGCCCCAGAUGCAGCAUCGGUGAUUGACGCCAGUAGUGUCCAGUCAUUCAGACCAGUUACAGUGCCGGCAGUUUAUAUGUCAGAUACAGUGUCGAGUGUUCACACAGCCCAUGCCCCUACAGUUAUUCCUGGCGCCUUACCCAGAGUUGAGGAAGAACGGGGUCGAGUCAGUCAGGGACCCACGCAACCAGACAUGCAGGGUGUGGUCAGGACACGUGCUGGGAGGGUUGUUAGAAAAGUCGACCGGUUGAUAGAAACAAUGGUUCAGGAACCUCUUAGCAUGGGGGGGUUUGCCUAUUCGUUUCGUUAGGGUUCAUAGCUUGCUUCCACUCUGUUCUAGAGGGGUUGUUUUGUUUAUGUUUUGGUUUUAAAGAGAGGUUCGCCCUCUUUUUUCACUUUUUUUUUUUUUUUGUCGUUGUGCUAUGGUGUACUUCCUGAAUGUACUCACCAGUUUGGUUUGGGACUCAGGUAGGCCGGGUGGUUUGGUGUACGCGGCACCAGACAUUUCUAGGAGAAACUGGGGUUUGGCCGACCUUUUGUUUUCUCUGGGCCUGUUUACCGGGCAGCUCUUAGCUGAAUGUGAAGAUUAGAUCUUUGUGUGUACCCGUGCCAGUUUUUUUUCGUGAUGUUGGUUGUCCCUAUCUGUUAUGAUAUGUCCUGUCAGUCACUCAGGAUUUUGGUGGAAUUCAGGAGGGGUGAAUGUAGCAGGUAUAUAAUAGUGUGUAUAUAUAUGCAUUCCAUCAAAAAUCCCUCACUCCAUAUUAUUUUAUUUUCAGUCUUAUUUUGUUAAUUUUAUCUUAUUUUGGUGGGGUCUUCACAACCGCGGUGACGUCAUCCACCUGCUUUCGCGCGGUUUCUCGCUCUCUUGCUUUUGACAACGGAGAGAGAACUGGCGUCGAGGCUCUAGUGUCCGAGCAAACACUAAAGCCUAGUUUUUUUCAACGUUUAUUUCAGGUAUGUUUCUGUUGCUCCCACGUUUGUUGUAUUUUAAUUUAUUCUUUUAUUAACUUUAUAUAAAAUAUGUUAUUCAGCUAGUCUUGUGUUUAUUGUGAAGUGUGUUAUAUGUAUUUGUAUUAUAUAUUUUCUGUUUGAAUUCGUCAUGUACUGUAGUCUAAGUGUGGCUGCAGCUCUUGCUUUUGACAACGGAGAGAGAACUGGCGUCGAGGCUCUAGUGUCCGAGCAAACACUAAAGCCUAGUUUUUUUCAACGUUUAUUUCAGGUUUAUUUCUGAAAUAAACUGGCUGAACAACAUUGCCGAGUCCCUGUGUCCGUCCAUCCAUCCAUCAGAACACAACGCAGAGCCCA